AAGUCAAUCCCAACCCACGCUCUCUUAUUCAUUGUCCCUCUCCUUUUCGCCUUCUCCUUGCAACACCCCAGAGACGCAAAAACAUUCAUCAAACGCCCACUUUUCCACAGCAAUCUUUCUACUAAAAGUUUGCUGUAGACACACUUUCAUGCAUUAAAACGUAAUUGCACCGACUAUCUAGUGUAUCUCUAUAGCGGGCUUAUAUAGUUUUUGACCUAGCUAGGUCGAGCUUGCACGGUUUUCGUUGCCUCGAGGGGAGUCUUGAGCUUGGGAUUGAUGCUUGCUGUGUCACCUCUGAGGAACACGAACGAUGGCUGCAACAACAACCAAGGAGAGAUGGAGAGCUUUUCGAUUGGAGAUGGCGUUGGCGGUGACUUCCCUGACUUCUCCGAUGGAAGCCUGCUGGACAGCAUAGACUUCGAUGACCUCUUCAUGGGGAUACACAAUGGGGACGUGUUGCCAGACCUGGAGAUGGACGCGGAGCUGCUUGCCGAGUUCUCUGCCAGCUGUGGUGAGGAGUCGGGGACAGGGUGCUCGUCGAUAUCGGUCGAGAAGGCCGAGGUCGACAACGGCUCCAAGAGAGAAGUCAACGAUGAUAAGGCCUCGGAGCUGGAUAACAUCUCUAGCGUGAGCCGAGGGGAAGAAAUUGUGAGCAAGAGGGAUGAGUCUGUGGUGGUCAAUCCAGUCCUUAAUAACAAUAAAGAGUCUGACAACAGGGGAAAGAAAUCAUCAGCUCAAUCAUCCAAGAGUAACCCUCAAGCUCAUGGGAAGCGAAAAGUGAAGGUGGAUUGGACGCCAGAGUUGCACAGGAGGUUUGUACAAGCAGUGGAGCAGCUUGGGGUGGACAAGGCGGUGCCUUCAAGAAUCCUGGAGCUCAUGGGCAUCGAUUGUCUCACACGUCACAACAUCGCUAGCCACCUCCAAAAGUAUAGAUCGCAUAGAAAGCAUAUGCUGGCUCGUGAGGCGGAGGCAGCGAACUGGAGUCAGAAGCGACACAUGUACAGCAAUGGAGGCCCCAAGAUGAGGCCAGACACAAUAGUGAUGAUGAGCCACACCACCACCCCCACCACCAACGCGAGUCCUUGGCUCGCACCGCCCACCCUCGGAUUCCCACCCGUGACCCCCAUGCACCCCCACUUCCGACCCCUCCACGUGUGGGGCCACCCUUCCGCUGACCAGUCCCUCAUGCACGUGUGGCCCAAGCACUCACCUUCCCCGCUGCCGCCACCUCCGUCCGCCUGGGCCGCCCCACGGCACGGCGCUGCUCCCCCGGAGACCCCAUUUUGGCGUCCGCACGGCCACCAACGGGUGCAGGUGCAGGUGCCAAAUCCGCCAAUACCGGGAACGCCGUGCUUUGCCCAACCAGCCCUGCCAACGACGAGAUUCGGAGCUCCACCAGUGCCGGGCAUUCCACCCCACGCCAUGUACAAAUUCGAUAGAAAUAGCCAUAAUAAUAACAACAAUAAUCGGGGCUACGGCGUGCCACCGGGACCAUUGGCCUCUCAUCCUCCCUUCAAUUUUCAUCCGGUUUAUGCGUUUGAUGAACACUCGAAGGAGACGAUAGACGCAGCUAUCGGAGAUGUUUUAUCAAAGCCGUGGCUGCCGCUUCCUCUCGGUCUGAAGCCUCCUUCCACGGACAGUGUCUUGGGAGAGCUUCAACGCCAAGGAGUACCCAAAAUCCCAACUUCUUGUGCUUGAAAAAACCCUAAAGGGCAUCCUUCGGUUGCAGAAUUUGUGCCCCCAUGGCGCUUUCAAGGCAUCGAAAACCCUCAAAUUCGACGACAUUUCCUGCAUUAGAUGCAAACAUCUAAUCGGCGAGUACCCACUUUUUCCCGACCUUUUCCGUGCUCAUUUGUAGCUCAAUCGGUUGCCGGGGAUGAAACCAUUUCCAAAUAACAUGUCUUCGUCUUUUUCCCCCUCUUUUUGUAGUGGUUGUUGUGGAUGUGGAGACUGAUCUCGUGGCCCUGUGAAUUAUCUAAUUUAAAGAGUUACCCUGUUUGCUUCUCAAGAAGUUAUUUACGGUA